CCGGCCUCCAGGUGGAUCCCAGCGCAGAGCCUGCGGUGUCCUGAGCCCUCGGCACUCAUCCACAAUGGCAGGUCGAGGUGGAGCCGCUCGACCGAACGGGCCGGCUGCUGGGAACAAAAUCUGCCAGUUCAAACUGGUGCUGCUGGGGGAGUCGGCAGUGGGGAAGUCCAGCCUUGUCCUGCGCUUUGUCAAGGGACAGUUCCACGAGUACCAGGAGAGCACGAUUGGAGCUGCCUUCCUGACACAGACGGUCUGCCUGGAUGACACAACGGUGAAGUUUGAGAUAUGGGACACAGCGGGGCAAGAGCGGUACCACAGCCUGGCCCCCAUGUACUACCGCGGGGCCCAGGCAGCCAUCGUGGUGUACGACAUCACCAACACCGACACAUUCGUACGAGCCAAGAACUGGGUGAAAGAGUUGCAGAGGCAGGCUAGCCCCAAUAUUGUAAUUGCACUAGCAGGAAACAAGGCAGACCUUGCUACCAAGAGAGCUGUGGACUUCCAGGAUGCACAAACGUACGCAGACGACAACAGCUUGCUGUUCAUGGAGACGUCAGCAAAGACAGCGAUGAAUGUGAACGAAAUCUUCAUGGCAAUAGCCAAGAAACUGCCAAAAAACGAACCGCAGAAUGCUCCUGGUGGCUCAGGCAGGAAUCGGGUGGUUGACCUGCAGGAGAGCAGCCAGCCCAGCAGGAGCCAGUGCUGCAGCAACUGAGCCCGCCUGAGCCCCCGGCCGUGACUGGAACCCACGCUAACAAUCGCACUUACGUAGAGCAGCCACUGCCCGUGACUGCUGUGAUUUCUCCAUCCCUUUCUGAUCAUAGGCUGGAGGGAGUUCUUCCACCUGCACCUUUCUGUACAAAUACUAAUUCAAUUCUAAGUCUUAAGUCACUUUUUUAAUAUAUGAACUUCUGCUCUUCCCUCUUCCUGGUGGUGGUGGAUGCAUGACCUGGUGCCUGUCCCGCGGGGGGCAGCGGCUCCGGGUCCCACAGCACUGUAGUGCACUAUUGGAAACAAAGGGAUAUUGAGGCUGAAACCUGGUCUAAAAUUACCCUUGUGUAAAAGCCGAGGCUCUUACCAGUACGAUACGCCUAGAACAACCACUAAGCUGUAGCAUUAUCAUGACAAACUCUGGCUUGUCAGCCACUCUUGACCAAAUCAGUGAUGAGUAUUCUGGGGUGGGCAGAGGGAAGCAAAACUGGUUUCUUCUGUAUUUUGUAUUGUAUGUUUCUUCAUGUAACCAAUCAGUAUCUUGUCAAUAUAGUACAUACAACGAGCUGCCUGUUGUCUUUAUUUGUGUUGGACUCUAGCAUGCCAACUCUUUCAUUUUUUUCUAUCUCCAGUUCUGUCGUAAUGCACUAAUCCUGUUGCAACUUUUGCAAAGAUCUUGUAUAGAAAAUUGUCCUUUUUUGAUGGUUGUGAUGCCACUAAUGUUGUUAACCCUACUCUAGUGUGAAUACACAUGGUUUACCAAUGUACAGAGGUGGGGUGGGGGAAACCUCAGAACUUGUCAGUGGAAACAAUAUGUAUUGCAAAAGCCUGUAACUCCACAAAGUAUGAAGGGAGGUAUUAAAAUGGCUUCUGUUGCCAGGCUC